AUGGCGGCUGCUAUCAAGGCUAUCAAUGCGAAGAUCCGCUCCAACAAGGUGCUGGACUAUGUCUGCUCUACCCACUUCUGGGGCCCCGUCUCCAACUUUGGUAUCCCUAUUGCGGCUGUAAUGGAUACUCAGAAGGACCCCGAAAUUAUCUCCGGACCUAUGACCGCCGCGCUCGUCGUUUACGCCGCCACCUUCAUGCGCUACUCCCUCGCCGUCACCCCCAAGAACUACCUUCUCUUCGCCUGCCAUCUGACCAACUUUGGCGCUCAGACAACCCAGGGUUAUCGUUAUCUGUCAUACUGGAAAUGGGGUGGACGGGAAGCUCAGCUUGCUGAAAAGGCCAAGGAGGGUGCUCUUGCCGCCGAGGCGUAG